AUGGCCACUCUCACUCAGACCUCCGCCCCCGCCCCCGCUCCAGCUCAGAUCAUCCACUCCAAUGCCCCUCGCGACAUCUUCCCCGACGGCCUGAAGACAACGGGCCAGCACCCGCCGAUCUACGAGGAGCUGCACCCCUUCGAGGACUUCCCCAAGUCCAUCGAGGGCCGCACGCUCUGGAAGGCAGAGGACUACAAGGAUGCGCCUGAGAAAUGGACACACCGAUUUUCGGCGGAGGAGGUUGAAGAACUCGGUGCCACUGCUGAUGCAUUCUUGGCCUCCGGGACUCCUCUGACUGGGAUCUCAAAGAGCAAUUUCCCCCUUCCCAAACUCUCCGCCCUCCUCUACGAACUCCGCGACGACCUCCUAAACGGCAAGGGCUUUAUCCUAUUUAAAGGCUUCCCUGUACAAGAAUGGGGCAACCACAAGUCCGCCGUUGCGUACAUGGGUCUUGGCACCUACCUAGGCUACUUCGUCUCACAGAACAGCCGCGGCCACGUUCUGGGUCACGUCAAGGAUCUCGGCGAGGACCCAACGCAGAUUGACUCUGUUCGCAUCUACCGGACGAACGCUCGGCAAUACUUCCACGCCGAUGACAGCGACAUCGUCGGUCUUCUAUGCAUUGCGCGCGCUCUGGAGGGCGGCGAGUCAGACAUUGUUUCCACGCACCACGUCUACAACACCCUUGCCGCUGAGCGACCCGACGUGUUGAAGACACUGAUUGAGCCAAUCUGGUACUUCGACCGCAAGGGCGAGACAUCCAAGGGCCAGGAGGAGUAUAUUCGCACAAGCGUGAUCUACCUCGAGCGCGGUGAUAACCCCCGCGUCUACACCAAAUGGGACCCCUACUACGUCCGCUCAUUAACGCGCUUCAGCGAUGCAGGCCUCAUCCCACCUCUCUCCGACAGACAGAUCGAAGCCCUCGAGGUCCUCGAGCAGACCUGCCAGCGACUGUCCCUACAUAUGAUCCUCGAAGUCGGAGACAUCCAGUUCGUGAGCAACUCGCAUGUGCUGCACGCGCGGACCGCAUACAAGGACUAUGCCCCGCCUGCGCCCAGGCGACACCUCAUGCGUCUAUGGCUGUCAACGCCGGAGAGUGAGGGCGGUUGGCGGCUGCCGUUCUGGGAUAGUAACGAAAAGAAGAGGGGAGGCGUGCAGGUUGACGAUACGCCGCCGGUGGCGCUGUUGGAUGCUGAGUAG